AUGAGUGAGACGGCGAGAAAACGCUCCAGGAUCGCUUGUGUCUCCUGCCAAUCACGAAAACGUAAAUGCACCGGUGACCAGCCCUGCAGCACAUGUUGUCAAUUUGGUAUCGACUGCCACUACGAUCUGCUGUCCCGCAAGAAAAAGGACGCCAGGUCUUUUAGACCGCAGCAAUCAAUUCCUCCAAUAGUCAGCACUACGUCCCGUAAUGAAUCUAUCCCCAAGAGUCACCGCGAGGGGACUAAAGGCGACUCCCCUGACAUACCUGUUAGCUCCUUGGAAGCCAAUUCAGGAGCAGCAUUUGUACGGAGGCUGGGGCUCAAGAUCGACCCAGCUAAUGCCCCGAGGCUAGAUCUGUUCGCCUGGAACGUGGGCGCUCGUCAUCCGACUCCUUCUCCGAUGCCCCCAUCGUCAAUGCCCAGGGCAGUAAGCGUUGUAGACAUCAUUUCUCUGGAAGAAAUGAAACUGCUCGCCGCCACGUUUUUCGAGAAGGUAGAUCCGUGCUACGGCUUCAUCGACCGGGAACAUCUGUUCCGCCAACUGGGAAGACGAUGGCUCCCCACAUCAUCGGAGUCUGUGUUGCCCUACGGACCGUAUGACGCCGUGCUCUGCGGCGUUGCAGCAUUCGGGUAUCUGUUCUCACGCAGACAGGCACCCCAAGCAGAACUUCAGCUGGCCGAGACCGCCCGCUUAAUCCUUGACCAGCACAUGCUCUCCGAAAAGCCUUCGUCAGUCGACAUUGUCACUGGCUGGGUGCUUCGAGUGGCAUACCUGCGCACCACAGCUGCUCCUGAUGCCGCUUGGAUGGCCAGUUGUUCGCUGAUGCAUCUCAUUGAAGCCACCGGUCUUCAUCUGGAGCCCUCAUCAGACACAGUCCUCGGGCAAUCGGCAGAGACGUGCGAACCAGAAAUCCGGCGGAGGCUAUUUGCCAUGCGCGCCAUCUUAACGGAGAUUUUUAACCUUCUCCCAAUAUCAGAAAGUCUGGACCCAAACAAAGCGCAGGACUCCCUAGACCUAGAGUCAGCGCUGGUGAAUGUUCUAGAGAUCGUUCACCCCCUUGCCUCACAUACCCUGGCCCAAUGCAACCUGAUGCUCUGCAUCUACCGGCGCUUGCGUGGCCUCGACACCGUUAUAUCUGGACCGCUCCUUGACCAAGUACUUGAGCUAGCAAGAAAGGGCCUUCAGGCUUCUCGCAACAUGAUCGCAUCGAUCAGUCCGUGGCAUCAGACCGCCAACGUACCCUUCCAGAUCAUUUGCACAUUACUAGCGAUCGACAGUCGCGCUUCGUUAGCACUGUUAGGCGAUGCAAUGCAGACACUGCGUGAGGUCGCCUUAGCGUACGAUACAGACGUCAUGAGGGAGGCCUACAGUACGGCAUACCUGCUGAUCCUGCUCCACCAGCGACGAAAGGAAGAGGACGCGAGAACCCUUCGAGGUGUUUUGCGUGCCAACUCCGCAGCCUCAGCUCCACAGGCGGAGAUCACGGAACCCACAAUUGAGUCGACUCACUCCCUCGCGGAUUACCCGGGGUUCUCAUGGUUGAGUGAUUUGGUGAUUGAUAUGCCUGGCCUGCAAAACUUUGACCUUGAAAGUUUCCUGGCAACCGACAAUUCAUGGCCGCUGCCGGAGCCAGGGAUGUGA